CGCGCCUGAGUGAGGCAGCUGUAGCCUCUUCCUCCCGUCGGAGAACGGGCAGAAGCGAGGAGCUCAGAGAAGUUCAUGGUCCGGUAGAGAGUGAAAUGUUUGAUCCCAGCGUCUGCGGGCAGAGAACGCUUGUGGGGACUUUCUGAGCGACAUGGCGGCUUCUGAACUUUACUGCAAGUAUGCCCGUGUAUGGCUCCCAGAUGCAGCAGAGGUGUGGAAGUCGGCCGAGCUUAUGAAAGACUACGCUGCUGGUGACCAAACGCUGUCCCUGCGGCUGGACGAUGGCACGGAAGUGCAAUACAAGCUGGACCCCAGAGCCAGCAACCUGCCACCGCUGAGGAAUCCCAACAUCCUGGUGGCGGAGAAUGACCUCACUGCCCUCAGCUACCUCAACGAGCCAGCAGUGCUGCACAACCUUAAAGUGCGCUUCGUGGACUCCAAGAUGAUCUACACGUACUGUGGAAUUAUCCUGGUCGCCAUCAACCCCUAUGAGAGUCUGCCUAUUUAUGAAAGUGAGAUCAUCAGUGCCUACAGUGGGCAGAACAUGGGCGACAUGGACCCCCAUAUCUUUGCAGUAGCAGAGGAAGCCUACAAACAAAUGGCCAGAGAUGGAAGGAACCAGUCUGUCAUAGUGAGCGGUGAGUCUGGAGCUGGCAAAACUGUCUCUGCGAAGUACGCUAUGCGUUACUUUGCCACAGUCAGCAGCUCCUCGGGUGAGACCAAUGUUGAGGAAAGGGUCCUUGCUUCCAACCCCAUCAUGGAGGCCUUUGGAAAUGCCAAGACGACGAGGAACGACAACAGCAGUCGCUUUGGGAAGUACAUCGAGAUCGGGUUUGACAACAGGCAUUGCAUUAUUGGGGCUAACAUGAGGACGUACUUACUGGAAAAGUCCAGAGUUGUGUUUCAGGCCCACAGAGAAAGGAACUAUCAUAUCUUCUACCAGCUCUGCGCCUCUUCAGAUUUACCAGAGUUUAAAUCCUUCAAAUUAGGUUGUGCAGAUGACUUCCACUUCACCAACCAGGGUCAAAGUCCAGUCAUAGAUGGAGUUAAUGAUGCUAAAGAGUUGCACAAAACCAGAAAAGCUUUUUCUCUUUUGGGAAUUGGGGAAAAGGAACAAAUGGAAAUGUACCAAAUUCUGGCUGCUAUUCUCCAUCUUAGCAACGUGGAAGUUCAGGAUCAGUCAGGAGACAGAAGCAGCAUUUUGCCCGAUAAUGUCCCCCUCGUCAUAUUUUGUGAGUUAGUGGGUGUGCCCCGGGAAGAAAUGGCUCAUUGGUUUUGCCACAGGAAGCUCAAGACGACCACAGAAACCUACGUCAAGCCCGUCUCAAAAAUGAAUGCAGUCAAUGGCCGAGAUGCCCUGGCCAAACACAUCUAUGCCAGGCUUUUCAGCUGGAUUGUGAGCAGUAUUAAUAGUGUCCUAAAAUCUGGAGGAAAACAACACUCUUUCAUUGGCGUGCUGGAUAUUUAUGGGUUUGAAACAUUUGACGUCAACAGCUUUGAACAGUUCUGCAUCAAUUAUGCUAAUGAGAAGCUGCAGCAACAGUUCAACCUGCAUGUGUUCAAACUGGAGCAGGAGGAGUACAUGAAGGAGGAGAUCCCAUGGACACUGAUCGACUUCUAUGACAACCAACCAUGCAUAAACCUCAUUGAGGCUAAGCUGGGCAUCCUGGACCUUCUGGAUGAGGAAUGCAAAAUGCCUAAAGGCUCUGAUGACACAUGGGCCCAGAAACUGUACAACACCCUCUUAAAGCAGAAUGCUCACUUUGAUAAACCCAGGUUAUCCAACAGAGCUUUCAUCAUCCACCACUUUGCCGACAAGGUGGAGUACCAGUGUGAGGGCUUCCUGGAGAAAAACAAGGACACAGUCAACGAGGAGCAGAUAAAUGUGCUGAAAAACAGCAAGUUUAACUUGCUGCUGAAGCUGUUUGAAGAUGAUGAGAAGGCAACAAACCCUAACAAGUUUUCCGGCAUCACUGGAAGGUCCGGUCAGAAUAUGAGGGACAUUAAGAAGACUGUUGGACUGCAGUUUCGCCAGUCUCUACAUCUGCUAAUGGAUACACUAAAUGCUACCACUCCACACUACGUCCGCUGCAUCAAACCAAAUGACAAUAAAACACCAUUCACCUUGGACCCUAUAAGGGCAGUGCAACAGCUUAGAGCCUGUGGCAUCCUCGAAACAAUUCGGAUCUCAGCAGCGGGCUUCCCAACUAGGUGGACCUAUCAGGAAUUCUUCAACCGUUACCGGGUCCUAAUGAGGCACAAAGAGGUGCUUCCUGAUAGAAGACAAACCUGCAAAAAUCUCCUGGAAAAACUCAUGAAGAGCUCGGAUAAGUAUCAGUUUGGCAAAAGCAAGAUUUUCUUCAGGGCUGGUCAGGUGGCGUACCUGGAGAAGCUGCGUUCGGACAAGCUGCGCACGGCCUGUGUCCACAUCCAGAAGACCAUCCGCUGCUGGCUGGCCCGCAAGAAGUACCUCAGGAUGAGGGAAUCCGCCGUCACCAUCCAGAGACACGUGCGAGGCCACCAGGCACGCUGUUAUGCCAAGUUCCUGCGAAGAACCAGAGCAGCUGUUGUUAUUCAGCGCAACGUGCGCAUGUGGUCGGCGAGGAGACGCUACCAGCAGCAGCGCACGGCCGCUAUCAACAUCCAGUGCUUCCUGAGGGCCUACAUGGCUAGAAAGACGUUUAAUAAGUUGAUGUUUGAGAAGAAGUCCGUGGUGAUCCAGAAGUGGGUGAAGCGCUGGCUGACCCGCAUGCAUUACAGGCGCUCCGUGGCAGCGGUUGUCCUGCUGCAGAGCUGUGUUCGCCGCAUGCGGGCCAAGAAGGAAUUAAAGAAGCUUAAAGUGGAGGCGCGCUCCGUGGAGCACUUCAAGAAGCUCAACGUCGGCAUGGAGAACAAGAUAAUGCAGCUGCAGCACAAGAUAGACGAGCAGCAAAAGCAGAACAGAGAGCUCAGUGAAAGGCUGGGUGUUGUGGAGAAGACCCAGUCGAUGGAGAGGGAGAAACACAGCAAGGAGGUUGAAAGUCUAAGGAAAUCAGAGCAGGAGGCCAGAACCAGAGCAGAGACGCUUCCCUCGCUGCUGGAGCAACUCUCCUUCCUUCAGCAUGAACUGGAAAACACCCGCAGAGAGAAAGAAGACCUGGAGCAGCGGGCAAAUACGUACAAGGAUGAGAUUCAACAGGUGGUAGAAGAUCUGAAUAUGAAGAACGCCUUGUUGAAAACAGAGAAAGAUGAACUGAACACUGUAAUCCUGGACCAAGCAAACCAGUUAAGAGAGAUUAAAACCAACACUGAAAACACAAAAGAGCUGGAAAAGGAGUUGAGUGAAGAACGCACUCGCUACCAAGGCCUGCUGAGCGAGCACCUGGACCUGGAGGAGCGGCACAAAGACCUGAAGCAGGAGAUGAGUCUCAGCAUAAGUUUAAGCAAAUCUGGUCACAAGAGAACAGACUCCAGCUUCAGCAGCUCAUCUGAGUUCAGUCAAAGCUCAAGCUCUGCUAAAGGAGACGACGGUUCAGCACGAACUGAGGAUGAGACUGAGUCCACAAUGGACCUGCCUGUUCUACUGAAACUUCAAAGAAGAGUGAAAGAGCUUGAGCAGGAGAAACGGUCACUACAGCAGCAGCUGGACAACAGAGAAGAAUCCCAACAAGAAAAGGAAAAAGAGGCAGAAGAGCAAAGAACUGUUGGCAGAGCAGAACUGGAUUUGGAAACACUGAAGCGACAAGAGCUGGAGUCUGAUAACAAGAGGUUAAAACAGGACCUUGACGAACUGCGAAGGUCUCUGACGAACGAGAAGAAUGAGUUGCUACCUCCCAGCCCCGGCUCUCUGCCCUACAACGCCCUGCUGGAACAGCUCAACUCCUCCAACGAGGAGCUGGAGAUCCGCAAGGAGGAAGUGCUACUCCUCCGGGCGCACAUGGUUCGCCAAGAGGCCCUCAAGCACAAGGAUUCUCCUCUGGGAGGAAGUGUGACUUUGGAGCUUGGUGAACUUCCCCCAGUUUCCCAUGGUGACAGAUCUCCUGACAUCCAUACCUUGAAUGAAGAUGGCGAGCUGUGGCUCGCAUAUGAAGGGUUGAAGGAGACCAACAGGAUUCUAGAGAGCCAGAUGAAGGAGCAGGAGCGUGUUCACGAUGAGAGGUACAGGAAGCUGCUCGAGGAGGUGAACAAGCUAAAGGAGGAAAAGGACCAGCAGCAGAAGCUCUUGACUCAGAGCCUCCAGUUACCUGAGGACGUUCAAAUUGAGGCGAGGCUGGAGCACGAGAUCACACGUCUCACAAGCGAGAACUUGGACCUCAUGGAGCAGCAAGAAAAACAAGACAAAACAAUACGCAAACUGAAGAAACAGCUUAAAUUUUACAUGCAAAAAGUUGAAGAUGUUGAAGCAGCCACCCAGCCAAAGGAUAACGCCCCUACGAUGAACACUCCUGCCAGAGCAGUAAACAUAACUCGCAAGGAGAAAGAGUACCAGGGCAUGUUGGAGUACAAACAGGGAGACGAAGAGCGCUUACUGAAGAGUCUGGUUGUGGAUCUGAAGCCUCGCGGUGUAGCCGUGAGCUUCAUUCCUGGACUUCCUGCCUACAUCAUCUUCAUGUGCCUGCGGUACGCGGACAAAGUGAACAAUGACCAGAGGGUUAGCUCUCUGCUCAAUUCCACCAUCACCAACAUCAAAAGGGUCAUUAAGAGAAGAGGAGAUGACUUUGAGGUGGUGUCUUUCUGGCUGGCCAACACAUGUCGUCUAUUGCACUGUUUGAAGCAGUACAGUGGAGAAGAGGCCUUCAUGACACACAACACGCCUAAGCAGAAUGAGCACUGCCUGGCCAACUUUGAGCUGACCGCGUAUCAGCAGGUCUUCUCCGACCUAGCCAUUCAAAUCUAUCGGCAGCUCAUCAAAUGCGUGGACGACAUCCUGCAGCCCAUGAUAGUGGUGAGCAUGCUGGAGCACGAGGCGAUCCAGGGCGUUCUGGGCUCCAAGCCCACAGGUCUGAGGAAGAGGAGCACCAGCUUCUCACAGGACUCGGCGGCCACGGUGGAGACGCUCCUGCAGCGACUCAGCCUCUUCCACAGCACCAUGAGUCAGCACGGGAUGGACUCGGACCUCAUCAAGCAGGUGGUCCAUCAGCUGUUCUACGUCAUAUGUGCAGUCACCCUCAACCACCUGCUGCUGCGCAAGGACAUGUGUUCCUGGAGUAAAGGCCUGCAGAUCAGGUACAAUGUGUGGCAGUUGGAGGAGUGGCUGACGGAGAGGGAGCUGGUGGACUGUGGUGCCAAGGAGACGCUGGAGCCUCUUGUUCAGGCUGCACAGCUCCUGCAGAUCAAGAAGAAGACGGAGGCAGAUGCCCAAGCGAUCUGCAACAUGUGCACCGCUCUCACCACGGCUCAGAUCGUCAAAGUGCUGACCUUGUACACGCCAGUGAUUGAAUUUGAAGAGCGAGUGUCAAACACUUUCAUCACAUCUAUUAAAAAUCUUUUGAAAGGCAGAGUCGAGUCGUGUACGUUGAUGAUGGAUGCCAAGAAGAUUUUCUCGGUCAGCCUUCCCUUUACACCUUCCACUGUGGCUCUGGACUCCAUUCAGAUCCCUGCUAGCCUGAAUCUGAGCUUCCUCACCCGCAUCUAGAUCAGAGACCUCUGACACCAAUGCUUUACCAUAGUAAAAAACACUUUUCCGUCUAAAUGUGUACCUGUCUAUGUAAUAGUGUUUCAGCCAAAGAAUGUCUUUUAACGGUUUAGUCAGUGCAUGUAUAAAUACUGUUUUGUUAGUUCAAAGGUUUAUUUGUUAUCUAAUGAUAAUGCUAUUUUUGUCAAAAUAAUGAAAUUUAAUAUUUCACAAUUUCAAAGAUAAGGUUCUUCAGCCAGACACUUAUUUAAUCCUGGUGAUGUCUUGAGCGCAGUUUGUUGGGCAUGUUUAAAAACAGCAUCAUCGGUUAAAACCCUGUGUUUAAAUCAUUCUAAGUAAUCUUAGUUUUAUUGGUUUCGCUUGUGUUUACUGUACUGCCGCUCAACAUGUUAUAAUGUAAUGUAUAAUAAAACAUGAGUUUGUAAUUUUCUGCAGACAACCUCUAAAGUACAUGCACCUGUUUGAAAGCAUACCUACUGUUUUGGACUUUAUAUUUGAUUAUUUUGAAACAUUUGAAAGUCUAAUUUAAAAUGAAACAUUCUAUGGAUCUCAUUCAAACUUUUAUUAUAUCUCAAAAAUGCUUUUGUACUUGAAAGUGGCCUAAAAAAAUCAAUGAUUAACGUCA